AAUGAAACACAACAACACCACCAUUGAACAAAUGUCAAUCUCGCGUAAUUGCGACAAGAGGAGAGUGGACAGAGAAUGAAAAACACAAUAACUUAUACGAGAAACAGUAGAUUUGAAAGCAGUGUGCUGUACACAAAAGGCGCAAGCAGACUCAGCACCAAGUAACACAAUAUACACAACUGGGGGAGACUGACUGGGAGAGUGAGAGAGUGAUAGAGUUGGUGUGUGAGAUAUAUACACAAAAUUCACAAAAACAGCAGCAAGCGAAAAGAAGAAAAAAAAAAUAAUUCUGAUUGGCCUGUUGUGUGUUGCAACAAGAAAAAAAAAAGAAAUUAAAUUUUUCCAUUUUGCCUGCUUUAUCGAAUUAGACAAUGUGCGAUUCGAUUAAAAAUUCAAAUUAGUGACAUGAAUACACGUUUUAAAGAAAAUGUACAGAAGCUGUUCGAGUAUUGGUGUGAGAUAUCACCCACAGCGAUUGGUGAAAAAGUGUCGGGUGUCAUUGUUGAAAGUUUCCCAGAGAGAUUCAAAGAUACCGAAAUCAUAACAAAAAUCCCAGAGUUUGCCUAUCCGUGUCAGUUUUUAAAUGAAUCGGUUCAAACAUACUCGUUCGUAUUGACAAGCAGUGAUUCGAAAUGGAGAUUUGGAUUCUGUCGACACGAUGCCAAAGCACAAACGGCCAUGGUUAUCAUCACAUAUUUGCCGUGGCACGAUACAUUUCUAAAGUUUCUCAAUGUGCUCGGAGAGUUGAAGCGAACAUCGAAAAAUGAUUUUCAACCAUUUUUAGCCGAAGCCUAUGCAAAAGGCGUUCCUGAGCCUGGCGCAUGCCUCAGACUUUUUUACAAUUCAGGAUUGAGUAGUUUCGACUUUCAACGGCCGUCACAGUUUCAAUUGCCAAGCAUUCCAGAGAAUCAUAAUUUGAAUUUAUAUUAUAAUUUUGUCGAUCCAAAGAAUAUGAUUGCCGUGUUUGCGGCCAUGUUGGCUGAACGGCGACUCGUUUUUACAUCGCAACGCUUGGAUAGGCUAUCGAGCAGUGUGCAAGCGGCGCAUGCAUUUCUAUAUCCAAUGGUAUGGCAACAUAUUUUCAUACCAAUUUUACCACUAAAAAUGAAAGAGAUUCUGUGCGCGCCAAUGCCAUACUUGAUCGGUGUACCCGAAGCAGUAUUAGAAACAAUGACACGCGAGGAACUGGGCGAGGUGGUCAUAUUGAACUGUGAUAAUAAAUAUUUUGAAUCGCCAUUUGACGAUGUGAAAAAUAUGCCGGCUGAAUUAGUGUCACAAUUGAAGAAGCAAUUGAGCAAUCAACAUGAUCACAUUGGUGAUCGUGUGUCGAAAAUAUUUCUCGGUGUUUUGGUGCAGCUGAUCGGUGGCUACAGAGAUGCCAUCAAAUUUAGUCAAGGUGCUAAAUUGACAUGGUGCCGUGAAACGUUCAUCGAUUCACGGCCAUCACAUCUUCGGCCAUUCCUGCGUGAUAUGCUUGAAUUGCAAAUAUUUCAACAAUUCAUCGAGGAACGUUUGGAAAUGCUGAACACCGGUCUUGGAUUCUCCGAUGAAUUCGAAUUGGAAACGUUGCGACACCACGAAAAGCCAAGACAACGAAUCAAACCGUUUCUCCGAAAUGUGAAAGAUAAAACUAAUCCAGCCGUCAAAUCUGCUGUGCAGUCGGUGAAACAAGGAGGCCGUGGCAUGAAAACUGCGUACAAAGGCCUAAAAUCCAAAUUGAGCGACCGUACACCGUCAAAGGAGAGUUCAUCGCGUUCCGGUUCGGUAGCAUCUGCACCGUUAGCCAGCGGCUGUCGUUCCGAACCGAAUUCGCCGGUAUUUACAAAAAGACCACAAAGUGAUUUAAUUUCAAUAAGUAACAGUAGCACGCAUCGCAGCAAACCACCAAAAAUGCUUCAAACCUCCAAUUCAAUGAUAAAUAAUUCAAAUUUAACCAAUCAUUUCAACAAUAACAUAACAAUUAACAACAAUAGUAGCAGUAGCAUUGUUGCUGCGAUGGCAUCGGCUUCGACAGCCAGCGCCGCCGCGGCCACCACUCAAAAUGGUAAUAGCAUCAUUUCAAAGCCAAACCAUGGCAAUGCCAUUAGUCAUUCGAUUAGUAAGAGUCCAAUUACAGUUAGCUCAAGUCCUACCAGUUCGCUAUCGUCGACAUCUGAAAUGAAUAUUUUGCAAGAACUGCAACAACAUGCCUUGUUCAAAAUGCCAACGGUCGAUCGAAGUUUGAAGCCAGUAAAUAGUACGGAGAACAGACGAUCUAGUCGUAGUGGAUCGUUGGUGAAUACGCCCGAUCAUCAGGCAAAAUCAUCGACAAUACCGCCUGGUACAUUGUUUCCAUUGGACGAUGUUGGUGAAUCAUCGCCUUAUUUGGAGGCAAGAAACGAUUCAUCGGCAUCGAAUAGUACGUGCAGUUUCGAUGCACCACCGGAUGUGCUGCCACCAGUUCCACCGCGAAUAACGAAUCCACCGCCACGAAACAAUCGCAAUGCAACGAGUGAACAUUUAAUCAUAAUCGAUACCGAUGAUCAGGUUGAUCCUGCACCCGUGCCAGCGGCUCGUAACAGAACGAAAACGGCAACACAACCUCCGCCACCACCACUGCCACCGCACAACAGUGUGGCCAAAGCGCCUGCAAACAAUCGCAACGGUUUCGAGAAUAAUUUCGUACAAAAUACAAACUCAUUGAAUCUACGGAUUAAUAAUAUUAUAAUAAAUCGUACCGAAUCGCUCAUUGAACCAUCGCCUAAACCACCGCCACUACCACCACAAAACUACAAAUUGAACAUGACCAAUGAAACGAAAACAUCCGAGGUAAACAGUGAUGUACCGGCGGAUUUGAUCGAAUUGAAUUCACGUGAAGAAUCAUUUGAAGUAGAUGAUUUUGAUCCAUUGAAUCAGAAUGCAAAACAAAUACCAACCGUACCGAAGCGAUCGCCAGUGGUGUUGCCACCGGUACUAUCAUCCGUACCGAAAGGUGCAUCGCCGAAUAGUAGCAAUGCAGCAUUCAGUAAUCCAAUGUAUCCAUACUUUGUACCAUCAUAUUUGCAAAAAAAGGCUAACACAGCGCCAGUCACAAACGCGGUGAAUAAUACAAAAAUCGAUGACGAUGUAGAACUACUGCGUAAAUACGGUUUGGAUCAAUUUAAAUUGAUUGAACGCAAUUCGAGAACAUCAACAUCAUCGAAUGACACAGCACCGCAUCCAUUUAGAAUGGGCAGUGGCAAUCAACACACAAAUCGCACAAGUGAAACGUUUCGUGAUAAUGGCCUGCAAACAAACGGUGACAUCCAUCGGCCAAAAAGUAACAAUAACUGGACUACAUUUGACUGAAUGGCCAACACAUUUUUUUUUCUUCUUUCCAUCAAAUUGGAAUAUAUUUUUUUGUGGUUUUUCACCGGGGAAUAAAAGGCGAAUUGUAUUAUAUAUUAAAAAUAAUGCUUGCGAGAAGAAACAAAAAGACGCUGUGAAGAAUAGCAGAAAUUCCCCAAUUGUGUGUGGUGUAAAUUAUUUGAAAUGAAUUAGCUUAUCGUAGUGAUUAGUUAGCUGCAACUUGAUUUUUUUUUUUUGAAAAGUUUGAAUAUGAUUUGAAUGCGGCUUGAAAAUCGAAAAUGAAAUUAAACAAAAAAGACAAAUGAUAUGUAAAUUUGUAUGGUUCCCCAGUAUAAAGAGUGCAAUCGAGUUGAUUAUUUUUGCAAAACCGAAAAAUCGAGUCAAAGUCGAAGCUACUCAUUUUAUAGUCGAAAGAAAGAUUUUACUUGUCUAGUACAACACACUUGGAAUGGAUAUUUUAAUGAGAAUUUAUUCAAUUUAGACUGCAAAAUUGGUAUUCCGUGCUUUUUCACGAAUUUAAUCGAAAAGAAAAGAAAAAAAAUAAGAAAAUAAAACGUUGCAAUGAAUUUUUAAUUUAAGCGUGCGGAUAAA